GAUCAAGUUGUUUUUGAAUGAUUGAAAGUGCACAGAAAAGGAAAUUUUUUUUUAAUAUUUCUCCAAGAAGCCUCAAAGAUACUAACCAAAUAUGUCGAUAUUGUUAGCUAACAUUGAUGCCACGUGUGCUAGUCUUGGAACGCGCGAAGGAAGCAAUUAUGCUAUUGGAGAUGACACAAUUCAGAACUUAAAGCAUCUGAUUUGGAUUUUACGUCGUGACAAUCAAGAUUCUCAUGAAUAUCGUCGUUACAUUGGCCAUAUGAAAGUACUUCAGACUGAUCUUCUACCCAUGCUUGUAGCAACAGGAAAUAAUUCUGACUUAUCUGACAUUCUUCUUCGUUUGCUUGUGAAUUUGAUGAGUCCUGCAAUGGAAUUCUUUCGUGAAGACUUACCAAAAGACGGAGCUGGACGUAGGAUCUAUCUUGAUCUUGUCGAAAUUUCUCAAGCCUAUAAAGAAACAUUUGCAAACUAUUCAGCAGUUUGGAGGAAUCUUGUGGAACGUCUGAAGAAAAUUCUUAAUAUUGAUACAGGAGUUCGAUCAGAAGAACAAAAUCUUGUCGCAGAGAGAAUCUUCGUCUUAACUCGAUAUGUUUUGCAAGUUCCAACGAAUCCACAAGAAGAGAACCGAACAGAAAACGAUAUCAACAUCCACGAUAAAGUCGUAUGGGCACUUAAUGAGUCUGGAAUUCUUGAGAUCGUAACUUAUAUUCUAAGCUCUGAAUAUGAAUCACAAUUCCAAAUUUACGCACUUGAAAUCACUCAACUUGUCUUUCGUGAGCAGAAGGUUGAAACGCUUGCAAAUGCGUUAGUUCAAAGAUCGGUAGCUGAAAAGCAAGCAGACGAACAAGCACUGAUCGCUGCUCGUCGAAUGGAAAAAUCAAAACAACAAAUUCGAAUACCUCCAGCAAGACAUUCGAGAUUUGGAGGAACUUACGUUUAUAAGAAUCUUAAAUCAGUUUCUGAUCGAGAUCUCAUUUGUCAUCAACCAUUGGAGCGUGUCGUACAGAAAGAUUUUAAUCACGACAAGAAAAAGACGAAAAAAAAUUUCCGCUUAGCUCGUGAUGAUGACAAAUUUGAACGUCAAAGUGCUUUUUGCAUCAGAAUUUUCCUUCGCGAGUUUGCCAUCGAAAUUCUCACUUCAGCAUUCAACAAUUUUGUUCGUCAAAUUCGUUGGUUGUUUGAUAGAAAUCGUGAAGCUGCCGGUGGACAUCAACAAUCAUACUUGUUAUGGGCCAUUCGAUUCUUUCUAGAAUUUAAUCGUCUCAACGACUUCAAACUUCAUCUCAUCACUGAAGCUUUGAGCACUGGAAGCAUUCAUUGGAUUUGCAAUCAAAUACAAAACAAUGUGGAGAUGCUUCAAACAGACAAAAAACGAAAAAUCAAAUGGAAUCGACGUUUGCAAUUAGCAAUUCAAGCUUAUCGUGAAAUUCUGCACAAUCUUCAAGUUAUGGAGCUGGAUAAAGAUGAGAACACGCAAGCGCUGCUAGGGAAGCUCAAGAACAACAUGUUUUAUGUUGUUGAAUAUCGUGAGAUUGUUUUACAACUCCUGCUGAGCUACAAUGAGAAUCAUUUCACAAGAGUUUACCUCCGUGACCUCAUCGACACGACAAACGUGUACCUGAAAAUGAUGGAAAAGUUUUGUCAAGGAAAUAUUGUGGUACAGACGAAGGUGAAAGGGAAGACGAAGCGAAAAAAGCCGGUCACGAAACCGAAAAAGCAGUCGAAGGAGGAAGUUUUGGAUAAAUUGCACAAUGAAUGGGAUGCGCGUGUAUCGUCAAACCUUUCAGUCGUUCUGGUAAAUGACAUAAAUCUUCCGGAAGAAGAACAUCCACCGAAUCCUCUCGACGUCACAUCUGAGAAGUCGAAUGAUGAGCAACGUGACGAUUGCAUAACAAAGAUUACCAAAUAUCUACGCGAAGAAGACUAUGAACGUGCUGUGCUACUGAUGAGAGCGGGACGUGCAUGUUGGACUGAAAGUGAAUGCUUUGGAGCGGAAAAUAUUCAACCGGAAGACGAACUGAUGCUAAUGAAGGAAAUUUACUUUAAGGAUAUUGAAACGGGUAGCAACGACAACGAAGGAAAAUCUUUCUGGGACGAGCUGGAAAACUCUGACUCCAAUAACGAAGAAUCGGCUGACGAGGAAGACGACGACGACGAGGAAGAAGAAGAAGAAACAGCGUACAAGGAAGUUGUUUUGAAUUUCUCUGAUUUUGAGAAACGUUUAUUGAAUCCAAAAGUUGUUCGUGCUUGCACAUGGUGCCUCCAAUUAUGGGAAAAAAUGAACUACCGUGAAAUCAAAAGUGCAGUCACGCUUCUUCAUCGAAUCGCUGUAAAUUUAAACGUGCCGGUGAUGCUGAUGCAAGCGCAACUUUUUCGUGUGUUCCAACAAGUGUUUAAUGCACCGCGCGAUAAUCGUUAUGAAGAAUUGAGAAGAUUAGGAAUCUUCAUUGUCAGGAACUUUGUGAAAAUUGCACCAACUAAUCCGAAAAUCUUUGCUGAACUUUUAUUCUUCAAAUCGAGUCGUGAUUGCUAUGAGAUUGAGAAUGGAUACAGCGUGUCAUCUUACGGUGGUCAUGAAGCAAAGCAAAAAGUUUGGAGUGAAGAAGAUGAAGACGAACUUCGUCGAUUGUUCAUGGAGAAUCAAGAAUCGCCAGCAAAUGAUCAAGAUGUGGUUGAUUGGAUUGUUGAUAAUUUGAGUGAAAAGUCAAGAACACGUCGGGGUGUUAUAAAGAAACUGAAAGAACUUGGUUUGAUUUUCAAAGCACCAACAAAAAGAUCAAAUGCAGCUGCUGUUAACAAGAAUUUGUUCAUUCAGGAAGAAGAUGAUAAACUACGUGAACUUUACGAUGAGCAUCGAUUGGAAGCAGAUUGCUUUGAGAGAAUUAUGGAAGCCUUCAACAAGAAACGAAAUAAGAAAUCGGUAGCCAAACGAAUGGUACAAUUGGGACUCAUCGCUGAUGAAUCUGAAAUUUUACCAGCGAAAAAAUCAUCAAGAAAACAUCGUGAAGGCGAAAGAAGAAAUGAAAGUUCAAGCGAAGAUUCGCAAUCAGAAUCUGAUGAUGAUUUUGUAUCGAAUCGAAAUUCCAUUUCUAAACCACUGCGUCAAUCAGAGACAAGAAAAUAUCAAAUGAACACUCGAGAAGUAACAAGUCUUCGUAUUGAACUUGAAGAGUCGUUAAAAGAAGGCAUUGAAUGGAUAAUUGAGUCGUUAAAUGAAGCGGCUGAUGAUUUCGAAGAGUCGUCUGAUGAUCCAGACGACGCAAUUCCAAUCGUUCCGCUUUCUGAUUCACACAAAUUUUCUUUAGAAAAUCAACAAUUUUUGAAGCUUCUCGAGGGCAUCAACUUAAUCGCACCACAUGGAACGGAAAUUUAUUGGAAAAUUCCUGCUAAUAUGAUGCCAGAUGAAUUAAGAAGAAGAUCAAAGAUGUUGUCGGGUGAAGAAUUGAUUGAAAAUGUCAUAAAUGAUAAUCGAAAUAGUAGUGACGAUGAAAGUGAAGAUGAAAAUCUUUUCUCACGUCUUCGUGCACAUCGUGAUGCUUUAGUUUACAAUCAAAGUGACCAUGAAGAUGACUCUUGCUUGCCACUAAAGAAAUUAAACACGAAACUUGUUAAAGAGUUAGUUUCGUCGGUUUCUCUUCAUCAUGGCGAUGCUUUGAAGUGGAUUGUAAAGAGAUUGAAUGAGAAAGAAGAAAAUGUUGAGCUUCUGUUGACUCCAUUGAAUGAAAGUCACGAGACGGUACCAAAUGACGUCAACUUUCAAAGACUUCUUGUCUCAAUUAGCUUCAUUAAACCUGAAAGUGUUGAAUCUUUGUGGAGAAUUCCACGAGAAUUAACUAUAAAGGACAUUAAAGAGCGUGUAGAUCUCCUUGAGACUGAAGUUGUUGAAGAAUCAAGUGAUGAUGAAAGUCAACAAAUGAUAAUAAAGCGGAAGAAUAAGAAAAUGAAGAAAGAUGAACAUGAAGGCGGUGAAAUCAACACACAAGCAUUGAAAGACCGUCUCGCUGAGUUGGAAGAUUCAAGUGAUGAUGAUGAAGUCGUUGAAUCUGUUCAGAAAAAUCUCGAAUCAUCAGACGAUGACGAAGAAGUUUCAAAAGUAAAAAAUUCAAAGAAACGCGAACGUUCCAACACUGAGACACCAGAUGAGAAUGAGAUGAAUGCAACGAACAAUCAAUCAAAACGCAUCAGAAGAAUCGCAGACAGUAGUGACGAUGAGUAAGUAACAAUUGCACUUCAUUCAUCACAAAGCUCUUCUAUGUUAGUUUCAUUCAAGUUUAAGAUUAAAAUAAAAGAAAAA